AUGACAUCUCUUAAAUGGGAAACCACCGCUUCUGACGCAGUAAUCAGAAUUGGUCGGACUUACGACGAAAGCUUGGAUGUGAACGAUUCUGAAGAAAUUGCCAGUUUAUAUAGCCCUAGCCCAAGAAAGACUCCAACACCGCUUCUUCAACCGGGACCUGAGAAGCCAAAAUAUAAUAAGAUGUCAUCACAAGAUGAUGAUGAUUCAAAUAUCGAAUGCCCCAAGGCUCAAGCAAGGUUCUGGGACAUCCACAAUGAGCGAAGGAGAUUCUUCAGAAGGACAGUGACUCGUCUUCUGGUGAUGAAGGAAAAUGGAACAGCCCUAGAAGGUGCUUAUGAUCCUGCAGAUUAUGAAGGUUUGAAUGUAAGCGUGGAGAUAAGAUUGUUCCAAUACAUACUCGAUAUACACCUCAAAACUAUUGAGCUUGAGCACAAAUUAAAACCAUUUAUACCUGAAUACAUUCCUGCGGUCGGUGACAUUGAUGCAUUCAUUAAAGUAUCAAAACCUGACAAUUCAUCCAGUUUACUUGGACUCACUGUAUUAGAUGAACCAUGUGCAAAGCAAUGACCUACGGUUCUUGAUCUGCAGUUGAGGAGUAUCUCAAAAAUGUCUGGUAUAAAGGCAAUGCAAGUUCGUAGUCUCAAAGAUGCUCAAACCAAUCCCAAAUCUGUGGAAUCCUGGAUUGAAAGUAUAGAAGAUUUACGUAGGACAAAGCUUCCACAAAAUGUACACUACACAAAAAGCAUGCCAGAUAUUGAACAACUCAUGCAGGAAUGGCCUCCUGAAUUUGAAGCUCUUCUUUCUAAGGUUCGACUACCAUCUGCAGAUCUUGAUUGUGAUUUACAAAAAUAUAUUGACAUGAUAUGCUCCGUGUUAGAUAUUCCCAUAUAUCCAGGCAAUAAAGUGCAAUCACUUCAUGUUUUAUUCAGCCUCUACAUGGAGUUCAAGAAUUCCCAGCACUUUCAAACUGCUAGUCCCAAUGAACAUCAUGAUGCGAACGAGCCAGAUGUAAUGACUUUUGAUUAAUGUCAUAUAAUACUGCAUCAGGUGCUCCUUUUUUCAUUUGCAGCUUUAUGGAAACAGUUACUGUGACACAUUCAUUCAAAUUUGUCCCAUUGAACUGCACUAGUACUUAGUUCAUGAUUUAUAGUAUAUUUUUUGUAUCGAAUGUUUCUAAGUGUAUAUAUGUUUUAGAUAGUGUUCAUCACUGUUAUGUAUGGAUCUCUCACUUCAGACUUUCAUAAUAAUUCAAUAUAACUGUUACCACUCUCUCUCCAGGGAUGGCCAUAACUAAAUACUUUGCUAUUUCGAAUACAUUCUAAAGUUCCCCUCAUAUUUUAUUCACUUUUCUGAUAAUAAUAUCAUUGUAAAGCAGCACAAAUGGAAUGUGUUGAAAUUAGUGGUUUUCUUGCUUCUAAGAAAAAAGACAUGAUAAACAUACAGUAUUCACACCUGUGAAUGGUGGUGUAUCUUGGUAUUCACAGAAAAAAGUGCAACUAUUCGUCUAGUGAAAUGUUUUAAAUUCUACAGAAAAAUCAAAGUUAAUAACAACACACACACUUUUGUUAUAACUUCUGUUUAUCGUCAGCGUAUGUGUUAUUUAGUCCACCAACAUAGUUAAGCUAAAUUCCGCCACAAUUAUCCCUCUACACAAAAAUUGAUUGUUGUGCAAGCGUGAUCUUUAAAUUUUAUUUUG